GGGCUGAUGCUGCAGGAGGAGCUCCUGGAGAGGCCCACGGUGGUGCGGCUGAAGUUCACGGGGCCCUUUUUGGCCGGCGGCCCGACCCCCAAGCACGGCAGCUGGAAGGACGUCCGCGUGCGGACGCUCGAGGACCUCGCCGACAUCGUCGAGGAUUGGGUCGGCGCCCCGAACGGCUGGGAGCUGACCACGGCCGCUCAGCACCCGGUGACGGCGGAGACCAUCCGGCGGCCGUCGUCCACGCAGUGCCCGAUCGUGGUCAACAUUCGCGAGGCCCACGACCACGAGGGGAUGAGCGGCAUCCUCAAGCGAGUCCUCGAGAUGGAGAAGAAGCUGGACGCCGAGGUGGAGAGCCACCUGCAGCUCAGGGACGACUGGGGGAAGCGCGUGAAGAACGUCGAGAUCACCCUCAGCGAGCUCAGCAGGGCCAAGGAGCUUGCGGCCAAGCUACAGCCGCUGCAGGGCCGGUGGCGGAAGUGCAGCUCCUGGCUGUACUGGGCGGUAUCACAGAAGAUGAUGAUGCUGCUCCUCGUCGUGAUCUUCCUGCUCUAUUUGAUCCUCCAGAAGGUGGUACAGGACAACCAGAUUCGGAAGCGCAUGGACGGACUUGUUCGUCAGAACAAGAUGUUCGAGGAUCGCCUCAACAGUUUGACCCAGCGCACCGAAGAGCAGGCGCGUAAUUUCACCCACAGCUUCGGAGAUCGCAUCUCUGAUAUCGAGGACGCCAUCCGGGACGUCGCGGACUGGGAGAAUCAUAACGAAAAGACCGUCGACAGGAUGAGCAACACAGAGACCGAGAUAAACAACAGCCUCGUAGAAAAUGCGCUGGAGUCCCACCGCUCGCUCCAGUCCGCAGACGAUGAGCUGUGGAGGAACCUCCAGGCCGUGAACGAGAGCGUCAAGAAGAUCGGCGCAUCCGCGGCGGCCUCGGAGAGGGGCAUCGAGCGGUUAAGGAGCACCAACCAGACCGCCGAGCGAGCGAACUCGACCGCCACCGCCGCCUGGGCGGCCUCUCGCAGGCACAAGGCGAGUUUCAGCGUGCUCCAGCAGCACGCGUCGGCGAUCGAGAGCGUGCUCCGCCAGGCAAACGCCACGAUGGCGGAUCCUCCACGAGCACGCGGACCUCGUGCGCAUCAACGCGACCGCGUACCAGGCCAGGGCGGGGGUCGCGCGGCAGCGCGAGGCGCGCCUGGCCGCGGCGCGGAACUGGAGCCUGGAGCUCGAGAACCUCAGCGGCAGCCGGCGACCACAAAUGGGGGGAGGCUGCUUCACGCGGGAGCCUCGCUGCCGCUCGGCGCUCAGAGGAGAGGGAUGUCGAGCGGCUGA